AUGACGACAACAUCUGCGCAGAGGGCGCUCGAGGCCACGCUGGCCCGCCUGGGUAAGAGAAGCGCCGCGGGCCGGCAGCAGCUGAGGAGGAGAUCUCGGGCAUGCUGGAGCGGCGCAACUACGGCGGUGGCAGUGCGUGGCGAACGCUUCUUCAGCAGCACGGCCGUCACAGCCGCAGCGCCUUCUGCCGCCGUGGAGAUCCCGGGGGGUAGGGGAAAGGGAGGGACAGGGGCAGCAGUGGUGGCGAAGAAGCCGAUGGAUGGGUACCUAAACAAGGUGCUGAAUGCGAGAGUAUACGACGUGGCGAUCGACACCCCGCUGCAGAAGGCGGUCAACAUGUCCAACGACCUCAACAACAACAUCUUCUUCAAGCGAGAGGACCUGCAGCCUGUGCACUCGUUCAAGCUGCGAGGGGCCUACAACAAGAUGAGCUCGCUGCCCCGAUCUGCUCUUGAUACGGGAGUGGUGGCCUGUAGCGCCGGCAACCACGCACAGGGAGUCGCGCUCUCAGCGAAAAAGCUUAACGUCAAGGCGGUCAUCGUCAUGCCCCUGGCCACCCCCAUGAUCAAGGUGAACGCUGUACGCAAUCACGGCGGUCCGACGGUGAGCAUCCGGCUGCACGGCAUGAACUACGACGAGGCUGCCGAGGAGGCGAACAGGCUAGUCGAAGAAGAGGGCCUCUCGCUCAUACACCCCUUCGACGACCCAGAGGUUAUCGCGGGGCAGGGCACGAUCGGGAUGGAGAUCCUCAAAGAGCGAAACGGCCGGGCUCUGGAUAUCGUCUUCUGCUGCUGCGGGGGAGGGGGUCUCGUGGCCGGGGUUGCCGCGUACAUCAAGCAAGUUCGACCGGAGGUCAAGGUGAUCGGCGUGGAGCCUGAAGACGCCGCGGGGAUGACGCUCAGCACCAAGGCCGACCAGGUCAUCACGCUGCCUUCGGUGGGGCUGUUCGCUGACGGGGCGGCGGUUCGGACCACGGGAGCCGAGACGUUCCGCGUGGCGAGGGACUACGUCGACAGCAUGAUGACCGUCACCACCGACGAGAUUUGCCAGGCCAUCAAGCUGGGUUUCAACGACACUCGGUGCGUCAUGGAACCCGCGGGCGCCCUGGCCAUCGCGGGGAUGCGCAAGUACCUCAAGGACCAAGGGCUCGUCGGGCACUCCGUGGUUGCUGUGUGCUCCGGGGCGAACAUGGAUUUCGACCGGCUGCGGUUCGUGAGCGAGCGAGCGGACUCGAGCGAGACCCUCAUCUCGGCCACCAUUCCGGAGAGGCCGGGAGCCUUCCAGGAACUCUACUCGGUGGUCUUUCCUCGCAACGUGACGGAGUUCAGCUACCGCUACCACACGUCCAGCCGGGCGGACAUGAUGGUCAGCUUUCAGGCUCUCGAAGGGACCUCCAGGAAGGACGACGCGCUGACGGUCGUUGAAGGGCUGCGCUCAAAAGGGAUGGAGGUCAUGGACCUCAGCUCCAACGAGCUCGCCAAGGCACACGCUCGGCACAUGGUAGGCGGUCGGUCCCCCAACGUGAUGAAUGAGGUCCUCUACCGCUUUGAGUUCCCGGAGUCCCCCGGAGCCCUGAGCCGCUUCCUGGCCGCGCUGAGCGGGGGGUGGAACGUGAGCCUUUUCCACUACCGUAACCACGGGAGCGACUUCGGGCGCGUGCUAGCGGGCAUUCAGGUCCCUCCGGGAGAGAUGGCGGAGUUUCACGAGUUCCUCAAGGAGUUGGGGUACACGUACCAUGACGAGAGCCGGAAUCCCGUCUACAGCCAGUUCUUCAAGAGCGGUCGAUGAAGGCGAGAGAGAGAGAGUGAGGUGCAGCCAAGACCAGGAAGGAAGGGAGGGAGCGAGCACGACUACCACGAAAGAAUGACAAGAGAUGGCUUUCAUAAACCAUGGAGGGAUUUGUCGAAGUCUACACGCACGGGGCUGCGGGAGCCUUCGCGUGCAGCAACAGUACAGUAUGCCCGGUCACGGGAGGGCUUGGCGGUGAUCGAUUCAUGCCGCGUUUUUUUCGUCGGAACUCGACGACUUUGGAAUGCGAGUCAAGUGUGGAUGUCCCGCCCAAGACACCGAGCCGGAAACCUUGAAACGGGUGUUGGUGGCCCAUACAGAGUUUAAUGAGAACGCGAGCCUCGCUUGUAGAGGUUCCCAAGCGAAGGGGAAUGCGUGCGUAGAAGUGGACAGAAACUCACGCGUGCAUAGUCAACGCACUGGCUGACGUGAAAGCCGUCAGUUUUGGUCAUCGUGUUGCAAGUAGCAGACUAAGUAUUAUAGUGGUACAGUGGUUCGCGGGAGUAACGCUGCGUAGUAGAAGGUUGACGUACCGGCUAUCCAUGUCUUCACCACAGCCCCACGAAGGCCUAUUGAUUUAACGUUGUUGUUGUGCGUGUUGUCCAGGGCGUAUGAGUCGAGGACAGGGGCAGCAGGAAGAUUGUUGCCCCCCCGAGGCAUUCAAACCUCUCAAUUUUUAGCGGCGCAGAAGGCACUAGUUACGAACGACAGCAGCCUUCGGAUAGGAGGUGUUGCAGCUGGCAUCUAUGAACGUGCGCGUUGACCGAGCAAGUCGUAAGUGUCGUUUCUUCCCUAGUCGCCCUUUUUGUUACGAAAGGUUUUACAACCCCCCCGCU